CACGGAAGCGGCGGGAGACGGAGAGAUGGAGUGUGAAAUCCAUGCAUAGUUUUCCCUUCGUUCGUGGUUUUACAAAGGGCGUGUUUGUGAGGCUCCCUUGUUGCUCUGCUCCACACCUCGCAAGAAACUCGACGGAUUCAACUUGAGGUGGAAGAAAAGAAACGGUCUUUUAGCUAGCUGUGUACAUUUGCUCGGCGUGUCGGACAUGCAAGAAAGCGGCUGGUACUUUGGGGGGCGUCGCCGAUGGUUAGUGACGGCGGUUCUCAUCUCCGCUGUACUCUCUACUGUCAGAGCCCAAGUUAUCCCAGGAGAGCCCCCAGCCUUCCCCUCCACUGAUGAUCCUCGAGACCAGUUUGUGUUUGAGAGAGAUGCUGACGAUAUGCCGGUCUCUCUAGUAUUCACCUGUCCGGUGACUGGCACCGGUCCUCCUACAAUAAACUGGUUUCGCGGAGUUCCUGGUGGCGACUUCAUGAUGGACAAUGAGUUCAUACAGGACGAUGGGUCCUACAUAUUCCCCAACAUCACUGAAGCUAACUCAGCCUAUGCCAGUGGAGACGGUAUAGAGUACUACUGCACAGCCACCAAUGCCUUUGGGACAAUCCGCAGCAGAACUGUCAGGGCCUUCUAUGCUGAUUUUAAGGGAUUUGCUAUCAAUGGGACGAAGGUUCCUGAAGGCACUGACCCUGUUGAACGUGAGGUGGAUGUCAUAGUAGCAGAUGUCGCUACAAACCUGCAGUGGGUAUCUCUGGAGUGUGAGGUGGUGCCUGGCUCCACCCCAACUCCUGAAAUCCAGUGGAUCAGGACUGAUACUGAUGGAGAGAAUCUAGAAGUUCUGACUGAGGAUUUUGAUCAGAAUACAGUUCGUUUCAUUGACGGAGGCCAGUGGCUGAUCCUGGAGACAACUGAGGCUGCUGUCACUGGGAAGGUGUACUACUGUCAGGUGACCAACAAGCAGAGGUUUCAGACCGUGAGAGGCCCCAUCACCUACACCCUCAAUCCCGGUGAGCCCCUCUCAUCACUGUGUGGUAACGAGGUCUCAUUUCACCCACCAUCUCCAGUGACCAGUUUCUCUGAUGAGCCUGAUGGAAUUGCCUACGGUGGAGGCACACCAGGUGCUUUCACACAGCUGUGGAGAGUCAAUGGAAGAUCUGGUGGUACUAGAGUAUUAGCAGGAGGACCUGUAGCCUCCAUCCUACCACAGCUUAUUGAUAGCGACAUGGGCCCAGAACUCGAUAUUCAACUGGUUAUUGCUCCUGCUGUUGAGGCAGAUGAACUGACCAUUCUGUCAGCUACUCUCACCUUGCUAGACCCAGCAGUCAUACUGGACCCUAAACCAGAGAAUGAGCAAGACAGACUCUCUGGAGACCCACAGUCAUUCACCUGCAAUGUCGGAGGGUCUGAUCCGACCAUCAAAUUCUACCACAAUGGAAAUGAGCUGACUAGCGACAUGGAUGGUGUUGAAAUCAAUGACGGUACUCUGACUAUCGAAUCUACCAAUCCGGGCCACUCGGGGAUGUACCAGUGUAUAGUUGAGAACAACAGUGGCUCAGAUGGCUUCAGUUGGUACCUCAUAGUCCGUGAUGCUAUUGCUCCUAUGAUUGUCACGAGUUUUCACGUUCCCCCUGACCCGUGUGUUGGGUUCUCCUUCAUCCAGGCGGAGAGUGCUCCGGUCCUCCUCUCUGUCAAUGUCACUGCUGACCCCUGCCCCACAGUGGUCUGGACUAGGAAUGGAGAGCCCAUCCCUGAGGCUGAAGCUACUCCAAUGGGUGACUGUGCCGACACAUUGGGACGGAAGAGUUUUCUCUUUUCCCUGAUGGUGAAUGAGCUGACCAAUGAUGGUAAAGAUCUGAGAGCUUAUGGAGCCACCUUGACCAAUGUGGCAGGGUCAAUCUCUGUCCCUGACACUGUCGUCACCGGAAGAGUUCGAGCUGACAUCACUGACCUAAGGACUGAUCCAGACAGUCCGAUAGAGGGACACAGACACUGGCUGCCUCAGUGCUGA